AUGUCUGCGAUUGCAGCGGCAGACUCUGCCCAGACCCCAGCAACUCUGCCAGUACCCGAUGCUGAACGACCUCAGCUGUACGACGUUCGCCUCGUCUUGCUCAAGCGCAAGGUUGCCAAAACUUUGGAAUCCGUCAGCAAGCGUGUCAAGACUGGCGACAACACGGAACCCGACCCGGAAUCCAAGCUAGAUGUGACUGUUCAAACAGGGCUAUAUGCUGCCAAAAUGUUUGCUGCCAAUGUUGCUGUCAAACAUCUUGUCAAUCUUGUCGUUGUCGAUGAGAUGGUCUGGGUCUGGCAUUAUGAUCGACAGGGGACUAUUCAGUGCUCCGGUAUCAACUUCAUCCAAGACCUCCCACGAUUCAUGGUGUUGUUAUAUGUGUUCCAACGAUUCAGCCUUGUCCAUUGGGGUCGAAGCACGGACUUUAAGUACGAUGAGAAGAAUGAUUCUCACAAACUCAUGAUUGAUGGCGUAGAUCUCGAGUGUCAUACGAGUCACAAAGACAGAGUGGCGCACUACGGACUCAAGGGACGCGCCACUAAUGUGUUUCCUGUCACUAGCGCAAAGCUCUCCAAGGACAACCCAGAGAUUGCAAAAGAUGGCAUGGUGGCUAAAGUCUUUUGGGCGGAGGAGCAACGCACUAGCGAGCCAGACAUUUUAAAGAAGGUCUACGAGAUUGCAGAAGAGCAAGAUGCCGUGAAGGGCCACAUUCCUCACCUACUAUGGCACCACAAAUUCAAGGAUCUUACAUCCAAAAUCAGAGAAGCGCUUGGUAUUUCAGAACCAGCGAAGGGUAGUCGUGUGCUCUACAUCCUUGUAUUCCGCAAGCUCAAGCCCAUUACGGAGCUUAAAGGCACAGAGUUCUUCGACACGUGGCGGCAAUGCAUCAUGUGCCAUUAUGCUCUCUGGCAAGCAGGAGUCUACCACUGA